UCGUAUUCUAUUGUGUGUUAAAUCCCUACUGAUUUUACCACUUGAUAGUCAAAGCGCUGAACUGGUACUCAACUUUCGUAGCUCAAAGAACUGAGGUGCCUGAGCAACUUCCUUUGCAUCUAUAUAACUUACGACGACAGCUGUUUUAUCAACAGAAUUAUCGUUGCCCGAUAUCAGGCAUGGUGGAACUCGGCCACCCUAAGCUUUCCUCCGAGGUGAUGUGCAUACUCAGAACACAUCAUAUCCUUCAAAGACCCAUCAUAGGAGAGAUUGAUUUCUUCGAACCCAUCACGCGAGAGAUCAUACACAAAUACAUUAAUCCCGGAGUGGACCUGAAUUCAGUUCCAAAUGACGAUCCCAGCAAUGCGUUUGCUUGCGAGCUCAAUACGGACAUACAUUUCAGCAACUUUAGGAUGUCGCUCAAGGAGACUACAAAUGCCGAUGAAUAUACAGUCGAAACGUAUGGACAAUGUCUAUGGCCCAGAUACUUUAAAAAGGUUGUCACCUUCAAAGAAGGUACACUGCGGCCCGAUCCGCGAUACCUCCAUUUGCAUGCAUGCGUGGCGGACGUACUCCAGAAAAGCGGCGCAGCAAGAGUCAUUGAUCACAUUCUUAAAUGUCUGCCGCAAAAGAGGCGUCCGGCAGAUAUCGUUGAUCUUCAGGGAGUCUUGAACAUACUCGGACUUCGGUAUUCGCUAGUUGCAGCAUUUCAAUUUCCCCUGUUUGAGUCCGGUUUUCUUGUCUCGUGAAUGACGAGGCGUAAAUUUUGAUCCUGUAUUUUGUAUAGAAACAUCAAACCGCUGAUUGCUUGAAC